UCCUUCCUCCCAGCCAGCCUUCGCUUUGUUCCCCUUCCCUUCCAUCCGCGGUCUCGGCAACGGCGGGUUCUCCAACCUAGGGUUUCCGCGCCACCACCGUUCACCAGCCAUGGCGAGCGGCGGUGCCACCGCCUCCACCUCCGGAGGUAGCGGGGGCGCCGGCACCAAGACUGUGCCCGCCGCGCUUUGGUGGGACCCUUUCGUCGCCCUCUCCGACGACCUCGACCGCGCCGCUGCCUCCCCCUCCGCCGCCAUCUCGGACGCCCUCGCGGAGCGGAUCAAGCGCCAUCACGCGUGGCUCCGCGGCUCGGUUUCCAUGUUCGGGAAGCCAAACGACGCCUCAAGGACCGCGCUGGACGCCACCCAAGUUGCCGUUGGAGAGCACCGCCUGGCCGUCAAGCCCGACCUCAAGGAGGCCGCGCUUCGCUUGAGCAAGUCUCUGAACUUGGACGAGGUGCAGUCAUACAUUCUGGUAAAAAGAUCUUCAGAAAGCACUCCAAAAACCCAUGAGGCCGAUGCUGAAGAGUUUCUUCGGCUGGUAUCUCUACAAUAUUACCUUGAGCGUCAAUGCUUGCUGAAGUGCAUCAGAAGGAUCUUCGUUCAUACCACAUGUACAGAUGAUGAUUCUGAUUCAACUGAUGCCAUCAAAGAAGAGGCCUUGCUUUUACUCAAUGAAGAGAUGGAACAGAUAUUACUAUCUAUCGUUGAAGAUUCCCUUGCAGCUGCAUUUUCUGUAAAAUCAGCAUCUGAUUUGACGGUGUCUUGGCUGGAAGAAAGUUUGAUUGAAAUUAGCUUGAUUCUGGAAGUUUUAUUUCUUGCUAUCUGUGAUAACCUUUCAAGGUGUAAUGGUCGACUGUGGAUAACUUUGUGCUCAAUAUUUAAGGAUAUGCUCUCUGGCUCUUAUGAUGUUGGAAAAUUUGGUGUAUCUGUUGAAGCAAAAAAAUCAUUUCAUUAUGCUAAAGCUCAGCUACUUCUUAUUCUCGUUGAAACUUUGGACUUCGAAAAUCUCCUCCGCAUGGUUCACGACGAAGUCUCUUUCAGUGGAGGGUAUUCCCCAUAUUCAGUUGCUGAUAUUCUUGAGAUGGAUGUUGAAGUAUCAAAAUUGCCUGAAUCUGCAGUGGAAUCAGGACCACUAUUUCUUGCUUGGGCAGUCUUUCUCUGCUUGGUCCUGUCUCUUCCAGGAAAUAAUGCCAACUUGGAAAUUGAUCAUGCAUCUUAUGCCCAACGGGCUUUUGGGCUUGCACCGUUCAAUUAUUUACAUGGAUUUCUUUGCUCAAGCAUCUUCAGGGAGUCAGAUGGUCCUGUUUCUGGUUUCCGCGGUGUACUGAGAACUUUCAUUUCUGCUUUCAUUGCUUCAUACGAGAUCUCUUUUCAGACAGAAGACUGUUCUCUUGGCAUGAUAUUGAAUAUUAUUUGCGAAGUUUAUGGUGGAGAGGAAGCACUCUGUAUGCAAUUCUGGGACAAAGAUAGUUAUGUUGAUGGUCCAAUCAGAUCUGUUCUUCAUAUAGUGGAGAAAGACUACCCUUUCCAUAUAAAGGAUCUGCUUCGCUUCUUAUCAGCUGUUUCUUAUGGGACAUGGCCUGCUCAAUGUGUAUAUAAUUACCUAGAGAGGAUGAAUGGUGUAACAACAUGGUAUACAAUCCCUGGUAAUCUUCCUGAUAGUGUGAACUACUGUGACCAAAUUGAAAUUCAUCAUCCAAUCAGCAUUCCUGGUAUGGAAGGCAUUACAUUACCCCAUGGGACACAUGGUUACAUAUUGAAAAUUCAGGAAGAUGGUGUUGCAUUAGUUCGUUGGGAGUUUCCACAUUCAGGUGUUUUCAUUUUGCUCGUCACUUUGUCACAAGAUCUAUAUUCAUGCAAUUAUGUGGAAGCCUGCGAUAUAUUGGACUUACUGUAUCAGAUGGUAUCGUCAAAUAAGAAUCUGUGCCCUGCUUUGCUGGAUGCUGAUAAGUCUCUAGCUGUUCAGAAAUCUAAGAGUUUGGGGCAAAUUGAAGAACAUAUCAGGAUUGAUGUUGUUAAAAUCCUUUGCUCAUCAAUUUUCAAAUAUGCGCAAGAUGGUAAUAACGGCAGCAUAAUGUCAAAAACCCUUCGUGUGUUAGCAGAAGCUCUCAAGUGUGUUCCAUACCGCGUGUUUGAUGUGGCGAUAGAGUGCGGCAUCUUCAGUUCACAACCUAAUGGCCCGUCAAGUGAUUGGCUACUUUCUGGUGCACUAGCUAGAAUGCUUUUUGCUGCUUCCGAGGAAAAUGGAGACUGUUCUUCACUUGCAUCUUCAUUGCUUGAUUUUGCCAUUCAGGUUUUGCGGAAAGGAGCUGCUGCUGAUGAUACGAUAUCAUCGUUCAUUGUUUUUUCAAUUCAAUACAUCAUGGUUAAUCAUAUGAACUGGAAACACAAGAAGUAUAGUUGCUGGAAGACAACCCUGAAGGUGUUUGAAUUAGUGAAGAGCUGUAUUCAAGUCAAACCAAUAUUUUCAAAGCUUGGUGGCAUGAUAUGGCAAAUUCUACUCUAUGAUUCUUCUGUCCACAGUGUUCUCUGGCACAUUGUGUGCACGUCCACGCAAUUACUGGAACUGUCAGGAGGCAGCUUCUGUAAUGGUGUUGAGGAUAUUGAAGACAUACAACUUGUUCUCUGCUGUGGACUUGAUAUUAUAUUUUUCAUGCUGUCCAACUUACCAGAGGAGUUUAUGCCAGUUGCACCUUUUGUUACUAUGGUUUUGUCAUCUUCAUCAAAGCCAUUCCCUUUUGUCACAGCUACAAUAUCGGCAAUGUCAUUUCAGAAUUCGGCUUUACAAGUUGCUGCAGCUAGAGCAUUAUCAAUAUUGUGCUUCACUGCUUACAGAGUCCAACCUCAACUCAUGGAAAAUUGUACCUUUAUUAUUGAUGGUUCCGAGAUUUGGAGAUUGCAAGCUAGUAUUUCCCACAUUCUUGACAAGGAAGAGAACAUUAAUAAUUGUUUGAUUGUGGCUAUAUUCAACCUUCUGACUUCUUUUGUUCGUUAUCAGCCUGCUCUUUUUGUUUCACUGACAGAGGAGCAUGCAAGGAUAAAAGCUGAUCGUAAUAAUUCUGUAAAUUCUCAGAUCAGUGGUUCCUCUGUUCUCAGCAGUUCAAGAAGCAAAUCUAGACUUAUUGAGCAAAUUUUAGGAUAUGUUGUGAAUUCCACUGAGUUCAUGAAUAGAUCUCCUUCUUUAUUACUUAGUAUUCUUGACCUACUUGAGGCAUUAUGGGAAAAUGGUAUCCAGUUCAUAUGCAUAUUAGAUAAGCUCAGAAGUUCUCGAACGUUCUGGGAGAGCUUAUCACAGUGUAUUUGUGCUACCUUUGAUCGUUGUCUUGUUGGCAGUGUUGUUACUGCUGAUGAGAAAUUUUCUUCAAGGUAUAAUUGCCGGGCUAAAUUUUUUGAGAUCAUGUCACAUGAGUUGUUCUUGAAAGGAAGAUUACUUGUGGAAGCAAAAACUUCUAAUCCUGUUCCAGAACAUACGAAGGAGCAGAAAGAACCUUUUGCAUCUUGUCCAAGCAAUGUUGUGCUCAAAUGGUUUGAUAGUGUUCUUCUGGAAGAUUUUGUCAAACAUUUGUCAAGCAACGGAUACGCGAAGGAGCUUUUUCAUCGUGCCAAGGUAGCUUCAUGCGUUUGCAUCAUCCGUCUAAUAAUGAAGUUGUCCACUGGUGAUACUGCCAGUUUGUCUUUCUCGGCAGUGAAGAAGGUCCAGCUAAUCUCUAGCAAAUUGUUACAACACCAAGCAUUCGUAGCUCUGCUCUCACAAUAUGCCCUUCAUGGCUACAGUGGUGAACAAGAACUUACCAGUUUGGUAAUCAAUGAUCUUUACUAUCAUAUACAUGGAGAACUCGAAGGUCGUCAGAUUACUUCUGGUCCCUUUCAGGAGCUCUUGUGUUUUCUUCUUGAGUUCAAGUGUUUUGAGCGCAAUGCUUUGGAUCAACCAUAUAGGGCCUUCCCAGGAGCUACUGACAAUAUUUUGUUUGAUGUUGCACACACUCGGGAUGAUCUUGGAGUUGAACUUUGGACUCAUUCAGAUUGGAAACCUGAAAAGGAAGUAGCUGAAAGAAUGCUGGAUAUUAUGCAUAAAGCAAAUAAGAUGAAGUGCGAUGCUGAUGCAAAGCUUUCCACAUUGAGGUCCUUUACAACAUUUUUAUCUGUCUACAUUGGAACAAGUUCCAGUAAUAAAGUCACCUUAUCUGAUGGAGGGAUUUCCACAACAGCUCUGGAAGCAGCAAUUAGAUGUGCAUGCACAUAUUUCCAGUCAACUGUUGCUUCGCUAUUUCCCGAAGUUGACACCAAUGAGGUUUUGUAUCCCCUAUUGUCUGGGCAAGUGGACUUACUGCUUACUCUUGCCAGGUUCUUUUUUAACCAAGUUAAGCAAACCAAGAACUCUGCUCGUCUCCAUCCAGUUAUUGUACUUCUUAUGAAGACCUCAGGUGCCAGCACAUCAUUUUUGGUUGAUCUCAUGCCAUCUAGUCCUGCUCUUAAAAAACCAGUGAAGUCCCUCCUUGUUCUGAUUUUGUCUCUAUUUGGAUUCAUAUACGACAAGGAUGACAUACAAGAUGUAUCAGGUGAUGUUAAUCUGUUUGGUGAAUCAUCUGUUAUAAGUAUGAGUUUGUUACCUGUGCUCUGCAAAUUGGCUGAGAAUAGGGAUUAUACUGAUCUUGCUGUUGGAACAAUGGACCUACUAUUGAAGGGCUUUAUACCUCCUAAUGUAUGGUUUCCUAUUCUACAAAAGCAUUUCCGUCUUCAGGCUAUACUGCAUAAAUGUCAGAAUGGUGCAAUAUUGUCUAUUCAAGUAAUUUUGAAUUUCCUCUUGACCUUGGGGCGGACAAAGGAUGGCGCUAAAAUGCUUCAGUCUGCAAAUAUUUUUGCUUUCUUGAAGGUACUUCUGAGUCAGCUGUCUCUCGAUGACUCUUGUUUCAGAAAUUCUUUGAGCAGCCAAGCGAAGGAUGUGAAUAUCUGGGGUAUGGCUCUUGCAAUAGUCGCCUCUCUCAACCAUUCUAUGGAUGAUGAUAUUUCUCGCAACUGUGUUGCAAACAGUACUAUCAGCUUCCUUUCAGGACAAGUUCCGCUGAUGUCGUCUUAUCUAUCUGCACAAAAUGUGGGUACACAUCAUAGCAAGAAAAGGGCAGUGUUGCAACAGUCACAGACAUCACUUUCAGCUCUGGGUUUAACUGAGAAUAUCCUCUCACUUCUGUGUAUCUUAGCAAAAUAUCAUUUUCCACACGACACUAGUAUGAAGGAAGUGGAUUCAGAAUUAAGAGAGAUAAUUAUCCACCUGCUUGCAUUUAUUAGCAGAGGAAAUGCAUGGACUGGUGAUUCCCCAAACUGGAACCCAUCUUUCUGUUGCCCUCCUAUUGUUAAAGAAGAAGUGACACUUCAUGAAGAUCCACCACUCAUCAGGAGCAAUCAUGGAUGGUUCAGAUUUGCUGCAAGCAGUACUCUGUCAACUGCAGCUGUUUCUGCUCCUUCCAAUGCAGCAUUAUCUAUAGUGGUCAGAGACAAGAGUAGUGGAGAUUCUGGUUCUGCGAAACAAACUCGCUUUACUGAGAUGAUAGCUGUGCAGAUUUACAGAAUAGCUUUUCUUAUUAUGAAAUUCCUGUGCAGUCAAGCCAAGGAGGCAGUAAAAAGGGCAGAAGAACUAGAAUUUGUUGAUCUUGCACAUUUUCCUGAACUUCCCAUGCCAGAUAUUCUUCAUGGUCUGCAGGAUCAAGUGGUUUCUAUUGUUACUGAAGUACUGGAAGCAAAUGUAUCGAACACUCUCGUCAGUGAGACAGAUAGGGUAUGCCAUCUUCUGUUGGUGAUCCUUGAAACAUCACUUUAUAUGGAACUGUGCGUGUCCCAGUCAUGUGGCAUCAGACCCGUACUUGGUCGGUUUGAAGAUUUCUCCAAGGGAAUUAAGGCUAUGCUUCAUGCUUUGGAGAAACAUUCUGGUUUUAAACCAUUGGUUAGGUCACUUACUCAAAUUACGACACUUCUGUAUCCUGGGCUUGCUCAAAGCAACUUCCUCAUCUAAUCCUUGUAAAUUGUAAUUUUGGUGGCUAGUAAAAUCUUCUUGCUAAGGUUUAUAGAUGGAAUUGCUUACUUGUAAUGUACAUUUAUGUAUGUAUGUCCACCAAGCACAAGCAUCUAACGUGAUGGCAGUAAGACAUCGGCAACAGGUCGGAUUGUGGAAGUCUUCAUUGACCUGAUUUCCAUUGAUACUGGGUGUAGAGCUAGACACGUGUAGGAGGAAAAAUGCUAUACUGAAGUUGCUUUAUUGUCAAUUAAUGUUGCCAUAUAUUUCCCUACAACAGUUUUAUUGUC